UACAAAUUAUAGGCUAUCAAACAACAUAUAUUAUAAUAAUAUAGAAAUAACAAUCAGGCGCCCUAGAAUAUACAGUGGAUAUAUAUUUAUUAUUAUACAUAUAUAUAUAAUAAAUAUAUGUAUAAUAAUAAUAAUUAAUAGUAGUUUUAAGAAAAAAGGCCGCAACACAACGGAAUCACAAAUAUAUGUAUAUAAAAAUAAUUGGCAACAGCAAACAGGAUCCACCGGAAUAAUGUUCAAUUCACACCUCGUGAAUCACACGAGGUUUGAGUAAAAUUACAAGGUGAAAAAUUGGUGAGCGAACGCAACGAUGCAUCCGAUUCGAUUCGAAAGACAAAAUUAUUAGGCGGCUGAUCGCUUGACCACCGGACGGCGAGCUUGUAUAUUUGUCGCGUUCGUGGGGUCCCGCGCAAGCUCAAUGGCGGCAAAAGGUGUUCUGCGUUCAAACAUCUUCCCCGCCUGAGAAUCAUUUCACGUUGAAAUUGACUUGAGAACCGGAACAAUAUCCUUGACAUCAGAUGGAGUUCGAAGCUGGGCCGGCUAUUGCGUGACUUAUGUCUCUACCCAUGUAGUGUCAGUAGCUUACAUUAUUUUUUUUUUAAGAGUUCCGUUAAAUAAUGGCGAAUAUAAUCCGAGAAAAAAUAAAAAAUUUUAUAUAAUAUAAAAAACAGUGAACUCAUGAUUCGUAUAAUAGCUAAUUAAUUGUAUAAAAUACAAAUACAAAUCUCAAUAUUUAAGACAUAUGAUAACACACAUCAAGUAUAAACCGUAUAAAUGCAGUAAGUGCGAACGUGUUUUCAAGCACAUGGGAACUUUAGAAAUUCAUAUCCGAGAAAAGCAUGGUGACAAAGAACGUCGUUAUGCAUGUAAUGCAUGCGACAAAUCCUACCUAUCUUCGAAAAACCUAAAAUAUCACUUAAACACCCAUGCAGGAGAAAAAAAAACCACGCUCUGCUACCAAAUGUUGCCGUCGAAGCCGAUCCUACGAAUAGUGUGGUUAUCGGCAACGACUCGCGACUUGUGAUGUGGACGGACGCGGGAGGGGGGUUAUUUUAAGUAGUUUUACAAUUUUAACUAUAUUACAAAUUAUAGGCUACCAAACAUAUAUUAUAAUAAUAUAGAAAUAACAAUGCGGGCGCCCUAGAAUAUACUAAUAAUACUUAUAAUGUAUAAUAAUAAUAAUAAUAAUUAAUUGUAGUUUUAAGAAAAAGGCCGCAACACAACGGAAUCACAAAUAUAUGUAUAUAAAAAUAAUUGGUGGCUACUGUACACAGAGGUAUAAAAUAAUAAGAUUAUAAUAUGACCUGGUGGCAACAGCAAACAGGAUCCACCGGAACAAUGUUCAAUUCACACAUCGUGAACCACACGAGGUUUGAGUAAAAUUGCAAGGUGAAGAAUUGGUGAGCGAACGCAACGAUGCAUUUGACUCGACCGUUGGAAAAAGACAAAAUUAUUUAUUAGGUGGCUGAUCGCUUGACCACCGGACGGCGAACUCCGUCGGAUGGCGGAGGGGGAGCUUGCUGGGAGUUUAUAUAUUUAUCGCGUUCGCGGGGUCCCGCGCAAGCUCAAUGGCGGCAAAAGGUGUACCGCGUUCAAACAGUUAUUAUGAAACAUUAUUCACGAAUUCGUGGGUAUUUGGGAUUCUUAAAAUAAUAAGUUUUUUUUUUACAAAAAAUAUAACAAAAACUUAUUUAACUUACCGCGCCUAUUUUUUAAAGUACAAUAAAUUAAUUGGGCUAACAAACCGUUUUUUGUUUGCAAUGCUUUAUCAAUGAAUUCCUAUUUUACAUUAUUUAUAACAAAUAUAUAUUCAUACGAUUACACUACUUAUACCACAGAAUAAAAUUAUUAAUUAUUCUGUGCUUAUACUGUAACAUGUAGUUUAUUACAGUUAUCAGUGAUUUGAUUUUAUAAAUAGUAUAUACAUUCGCAGUGUUUAGGGUUCAUACUGUUCAUAGUCUUAAGUCUUUCACCGAUCGUUUUCGAAAUGUCGUUAUUGUUUACAAACGUAUAAAUAUUAAAUAACUAAUAAGGUUGAUAACGCAUAAUAAAAUUUUAAAAUUUUUGACAAGAUAUUUAAAAAUUACUGCAACUGUUCGACGGCACAACAUGGUAGUGAAAACGAUGAAGUAUUUUACGCGGAACGGUCGAGUGCGAUAAUACCACACAUUACGCCAAAUUGCUUAAUAAAAAUAUGUUAUCCAUUAAACGUCGUGCGGCAAAUAAAUUGCAACAAUAUUUUAAAACAAAAACAAUAAGAAUAGGCCAUAGGGUACGUUUGAAUUGUUUAAAAUGCUAACGAGUAACGACAUGUACGUCAACAAACAGUUGUGGACCGUGGUUACGCUAACGCCUUACACUACACUGAGUACAGUACACUGCGGUAAUGCGGUCUGCGACUGCGACGACAUCGGAGCCGGCUGGUUGCGAUAACGUUGGUCAACCUGACGAGUAACCACUUUUAACCAUGUCCGGAAUCGUCAACACCACUACGGCCAUCUUCGGCAAAACGCGACUGCGCGCCACUAGCGUCGUAUACUCGUAUGCCGUACCCGUACCCGUACCCGCCGCCGCUGGCGUACAAACGGAAACAUCGAAAACCCCUUACUGGCUGUACUGCCUAGUGCCUAUACUCCGUUGAACCGUAGCUUCAGUAAUAGCGAGCGAGCGUGCGCUUAUUCUUACGUGUGUGUACAGGUAUCCUACAAACGAGGAAUACUUACGGUAUACCCAACGCGCUCCAGACGAUUGUACGAUUUUAUAAUUAUUUUUUCCAGCUCCGACGUGUGCUGUAAGUGCGCUAAACACGGUAAAAACGGCUCUUAAGUGAUUAGAGAAUUUCGUUUCGAUUCACCGUUGUCUUGUUCUUUGUCGAGCGCGCGAAAAAUCAUUGGCACUGCGUUGUGUAACGGUUUUCGGGCGCGCUCAUUGAUAAUUUUACCUUAGGGUCAAAGUUUACGUCUUUUUUUGUCAGGCGAUAGAGCGACGGACGCCGCCGCUUUUGCGGCGGAUGACGACGACGACGACUGUGAACAGUCCUUCCGGUUCGUCGCCGCUGCCUAGCGUUACGUUUCGAACGACUAACGAAUGUGCCGGCGUCAUAUUUCGCGCGUGCGUGCGUGCAAGCGACAAUAAUAAUAAUUAUAAUAUUUAAUAUUAUGUGCAAUAAAGCCGCUGCGACUUCAACUACGCGGACGGUCGGCGGUGUUUUAGCAGACCAGACCGAUUAUAGUUAUUGCGCAGUUGCGGUACUCAUCGUCGAAUAAUAGGAAAAAUGAAGGAAAAGGAGAACACUAGUGUAAGUUUCUCCCAAUGGCAAACGUGGGUUUUGGAUGCAGUAAAUAAAAUCCGUGGCCAAAAGCAGCGGCCAUCUUUGGAACGUAUUGUAAAUGCAAUACGUCAGCAUCACCGUUACCCUGUAGGGGAUAUUGAAACACAAAUUGAACGAUGUGUAGAAAGUGGUGCAGUGUUAAAAGUCUUCAACAAAGGCCAAAAUACUUACAUGAACCCGGGUGGCACUGCAAAUCGUAAAUUGGUUAUUAAUGCAGACACUGAUUUAACUAAAAUUUUAGUAAAAGUAGUUGGCCAAUUAGAUGAAGAAGGUUCAUCAUAUAAAAACAUAGAUCGUUACAUUCAACAUGCCUAUUCUAUAGAACUUAAACAUGACGGAUGUGACUUAACUUCAUUACUUAAGUCAACAUUAACCAAAGCAGUUGAUAAGGGCUUAUUGGUGUUGGAUGGAAAAUUAUAUAGGUUACCUGUUAGUCCAGAUUCCACAACAUCAUUGAUUGGAACUCCAGUCUUAAAAUAUAGUUCUGGAAGGAAAGCACGAUUACUUAAAGUAGAUUCAAAUGAAAUUGAAACAACCCCUCUUUCACUUCGUAGAGCUGGAAGAAAAAGGAAAAAAGUAUCUAUUUGUGAUACUAGUUCACUUACAGAUAAUGAGGCCAGUGACAAAGAAUUAAAUAAAGCUUCCGCGAAUAUCUGUGCUGAAUGUUUAGGUACAUCAGCCAAAAACCAAUGUGGUGUAGCAGAAUCGUUAAAACAAUGCCGAGGUGGUUGUGGUGUUUCAUUGCACCCUUCUUGCUUAGCUCUUAAAUGUAGUGGCCCUUUGACUGCUUUGUUAGCUCGUGGUUCUCGAUGGUUUUGUCAGGACUGUAGAACAUGCUCAGCAAUACCGCCGUGUUCUGUGACUGAACAUAUGUUUUUAUUAAACUGUGAUACGUGCGAUCGAGGUUAUCAUAUGCAAUGUCUACAACCUCCAGUUGCAGAUAAACCAAAAUCAGCAUGGCGAUGUACAUUUUGCUUAGAUCAUCACGAAACCUCCAUUUUUAUGGUAACAGAACCAUAUGAAGAACGGAGGGGUAGGAAAAAGUCUAGUCUCAAGAAUAAAAAAUCAAGUCGUCGAAGUCAACAUAUAAAGGCUCAAGAUCUUAAACUUGGAACACCAUCCACUUCCAGUUCGAUGAAUCAACGUGAUGUCACGGAAGACGGUAAUGUCUCCUCUCCUGACUCCUCGGCUCCCCCCUCUCCCGUUCCGAUUACUGGCAGUGUGCGGCGGGACACUGCUAUCUCCAAGGAGAAAGCAAAAUUCUUUAGGCAAAGUGCUGCGUUUAAUGCGCGAGGUGUGAACGGGAGAGGAUCUGGUGUGCCGAAAGUCAAUACCCCCCUAAACAUGCGCCUUAGCUCUAGCAGUAGCGAUAGCUCUAGCAGCUCGAGUUCAAGCUCGAGCAGUCAUAGUCGCAGCAGCAGUUCAAGUAGCACGAGCAGUAGCUCUAGCGAUAGUAGUAACAGCUCUAGCAGCAGUAGUAGCAGCAGUGCGCAUGCUUGUUCUCUUUCUGUGCGUCCAAGUCGGCCCAUAUUUCCUCUCCCGAAAUGUCUCGCCGCAAGGAAUGCCGAUUUUAACAAAAGUCCUUCAAAUAUGUCCUCUAAGAGUUGUUCAACAACUGUAUCUGUUCAAUCCUCUAAAAAAAAUGGUCAUCGUUUAAAAAUAAAUGAUAAGUCAAAUAAUCCUAGUGAAAUAAAAAAAAUUGAUAAAAUAAAUGAUCAAUCUAAAGUAACCCCUAAAGUAUUACUAAGAGCACCAAAAUUAAUUGCUAAAGUUAAUUGUUCACAACCUAAAAUUUUUCCACUUUCAAAUUCCAAAUCAGAUAAUUCAGAUUCACCCAUUUCUUUAUUUAAACAGUUAUUGACAGAUAAUUCAGACAAACCAUGGGGGUUUGCUGCUUUGGCUGCCAAAGCUCCUAUUAUUGAACAUACAAAACCUGAAGUCUGUAAUAAAAAAGAUAAACCUAUUGCUGGGUUUAUUCAAUUGAAGGGUUUAUUUGAUGGGUUAAGUCAUUUCUAUUCAACACCAUUACAAUCUCGUACUCGACCUAGAAAUGAAAAAGAUGUGAAAUCAUCUAGUAAAACUGAUUCAAAAUCCACUUGUGCUGAUAAAAAGUUUAAAAUACCAGACAAACAACAAUCUCCUAGUUUUUUGGUUAAAUCAGCUGUAUCAUCUAAAUUGAUGGAAACUAGAGAAGUAGCAGAAAUUGGGGGUAAUAAAAUGCAAAAUAAUGAUAAAUCCUUAGACAAUUCUCCUUCCGCCUUCCGUGACCAUCUGUCCGUGCCGACGAUACGUCCAGUCACCCGUUCCGUUCUGGAAAACAUGAGCCGCCUUGUUGCAUCAGACUUACCACCUGGUGUUUUACAUGAAGAUGUUGAAAUUUAUAAAGAGACAAGAACAAGGGCAAUGAAUAGUACAAUACAAGCUCCAGAGUUUAUUACAUCUAAUCAUCCAGUAAGAUGUCCUGCUGCAAUUCAAUUUGGUAAAUACGAAGUAGAGACAUGGUUUUCAUCUCCUUUUCCUCAAGAGUAUGCUAGACUUCCAAAAUUAUUUCUUUGUGAGUUUUGUUUAAAAUAUACUAAGAGCAAAUCAGUCUUGGAAAGACAUAUGCAUAACUGUAACUGGAGACACCCGCCAGCUACUGAAAUCUAUCGGCGUGGAAAUCUCAGUGUUUUUGAAGUUGAUGGAAAUGCCAACAAAAUUUAUUGCCAAACAUUAUGUCUAUUAGCAAAAUUAUUUUUGGAUCAUAAGACUCUAUAUUAUGAUGUUGAACCUUUCCUAUUUUACGUUCUGACUAAAAAUGACAGUUUUGGCUGUCAUUUAGUGGGUUACUUUUCAAAAGAAAAACAUUGUCAACAAAAAUACAAUGUAUCUUGUAUCUUGACCAUGCCUCAGUAUCAAAGACAAGGAUUUGGACGAUUUCUUAUUGAAUUUAGUUAUCUCUUAUCCAAAAUUGAAGGGCAACCAGGAACUCCAGAAAAACCUCUUUCUGAUUUAGGUCAAGUGUCAUAUCAUGCAUAUUGGAAAGCUGUUAUACUAGAGUAUUUAGAUAAACACAGAGAUAAUGAUUCUAUUUGUAUUAAUGACAUUAGCAGAAAAACUGGUUUAAUGAGACAUGAUAUUACUUAUACGUUACAAUCUCUCAACAUGGUUGUAGAAAUUUGUGAUAAAUUGACAAUUUGUGUUGACUGGGACAUGGUUGAUGCUCAUUUAAAGAUAAAAAAAUCAUCUAAACAAAUUCCUAUUGAACCAGAAUGUUUAAGAUGGACACCUUUAAUGCCAGCAUCCAAUUUAUUAGUUUCUCCAGACGAAAAAGAUAACCAAGAUCUUGAAGAACCUCUUCCAAUUAAAAUAGAAAUAAUUAAAAGUCCAAUCAAAAAGAAACGUAUUGCUAGAAGAAUGCCAAUGAUAAAGAAACGUAGGAAGAUGGAUAAGAAGAAGCGUAGGUGUUUAUAUAGUGCUGAGAAGAUACCCAAUUCUACUCAACCUGUUGAUGAAAACAUAAGUUUAGUAGAAAAAGAGCCACCUCCAAAAAAAAAUAAAAACGAACGUAUAGUCAAUUCGAAAAUAGAAGAAAAAGUUGUUGAAGACCAUUCAACUGAUGAAAAGUCCGAGUCAAAAUUGAAAUCUGCUGAAAAAUCUACCAAAAACAAAAUUAUUGAAGAGAGCAUUGAAGAUAUCAAAGUAGAAAUAUCAAAUCCUAAAUCCCAAACAAAAACUAAACAAAGCUUAAUCUCAAAUUUCCUCAAACGCGAAAAUCCAGGUACUAAAGUUAAUGUUGUUCCUCAAAAGAAAAAUAGAAAAUUGUCUCGAGGUAGAUCACGUAAAAGACAAAGAUCCAAAACUCAAAAAGACAAUAGUGAACCUAAAGUUAAAAAGGCUCGAAAGAUUGAAUCAGAGUCAUUUGAAAUUGAUGAAACUAUUGAUAAAGAUAUUGAACUACAGUCUGUGAAAAAUGAGAACACUGACAAACUAGAUGAUGUCAAAAGGCUAAACAGUAAAGAUGAGAAAAAGAAAUAUCAAAAAAAAUCUGACAAUGAAGGCGAAAAAGAAAACCUUCAUGGAAAUGACGAUAGGAGUCCAGAUAACCUAACCGAAGAGAAAGAAGAUAAAAAUAUAAAUUUGGAAGAAGAAAAAGUUGUAGAAGAUAAGAUAGACAAAAUUGAUACAGAUGUAUUGAUAGGAAAGUCAACAAAUUCUAUUGAUGAAUGUUCAAAGAAGAAUACAGAUUUAAAAGCUGACAAGAUUAUCGUUGAAAAUAUAAUUUGUUCUAGAACUAAUGGUGAUAAUAUUAUUAAUUCCAAGGAGGAAGAAUUUAAGCAAAUUACAAAUCAAUUAGAUAGUAAAGUCAAUACAGUCAAUACUGUAGAAGUAAUUAGUGACAAUGACGAUCUUAAACAUCCAAAUGAUAGAGAGUCUUUUAAUGUAGUUGAUAUGUGUAAUGAUGUUCCUAAAAGUAAACCAUCAGAAUCUGAAAUAGAAUCUUCUGACAAUGCUGUAGAAUUUACAUGCGACUUGGAGAAGUCUGAAAAAUCUAAUGUGGAUGAUGUAUUACAAAAACCUAAAGUACAGCCUUGCAAUAAUACUCCAUCUCUGGAUUCAAAGCAAAAUGAAAAUGUGCCAAAUAAUUAUGAAGAGACGAAUCUUAUUCAAACUGAAACAAAGCAAUAUAAUGAUCAAGUAGUUUUAUCAAGUAAAUUUAAAGGAGAUUCUGUCGAGACUGAUGUACGAAUAUUUAAUAAUCCAGUACCAUGUAAUAAUUUUUCCAAAACAGAUAUUACUGUACAGCCUCCAAUGUCUUCUGUCACUGAUAAACAGUACAGUAAUUGUUCAAUGAUUACAAAUGAUUAUUGUAAGCCAUCAUCAGAUUCAUCACUGUUGUCAAAUGUUAAACAGUACAGUGGUGAAUCAUUGCCAAAUGAAUACAGUAAAACAGGCACUGUAGUACUUCCAAAUUCUAAACAAUAUGGUGAGACUCUAAUGAACGAAUAUAGAAAAUUGGAUAUUCUUCAGCCAGAAAUAAACAAGCAAAUGUACAAUAAAGAAGAUUCUGUUGAAUAUAUGAAAAAUUCUCAAGUACUUUCAGCACCUAUUAACAGUUCACCAGAAGUGUUCAAGGUUGUGGAGCAAUUAAAGUCUAAGGCUCUUGAAAAAAAUUAUUCUCAUUCAAUUGUGGCUGAUCAUUCAAUAACUGUGCCUAAAUACGACAAUGUCAAACAGGAGAAGCAAUCUAAAAGAACUACUCCCUCACCAAAAACUGUGCCAUAUCGAUUGCCUGCUGAAGUGCCACAAGUAGAUAAAUCUCGAUUACAUGAUUACUUGCCUCCUAUGGGGUUUCUCAAUUAUCAAAAGAUUAAUAAUUCUAUAGCUAUGGCCCAUCCAGACAUCCCUAAAACAACCAAAGAUAUGUAUUCAGAAAAAAAACCUGAUGCUGUCAACAUAAACUUGCCUAAAGACAAAGAAGUAAUGAAUUUGCCCAAGACUAUGGACAACAGUCUCUUGUAUUCGUCUGUUAUGCAACAAUCGCCAUACACUGACCAGUCUAUGAUGCACUUAUCACUCCAUCACCAUUUGGCUCAUUCAUCUCAAUACCAUCAUAGUCCACCUGUACCGGCUCAGGUGCCACCUCCAGUUCAUCAGACUAAAUCUCGAAAUAAAAAAAGCGAACAAAGAAGAUUAGCUCAACAAAAUCAAACACCUGUUGCACUAUCUACUCAACAAUCAGCCCCAUCACCAAUACCUAGCCACACACAAUCAUAUCACCAUCACCACCAAACAGCUACCUACAUGAUGCCACAACCAUCUCCCUCUAGUCCCUAUCAUCAUUCAGUGAUCCAACACCGAAUGGGCCAACAAGGAGGUUCAUGUUCAUCUGCUGACUUUUACUUGUCACACCCUAACCAACAUGCAGCUGCUGCAGCUGCACAGAUCGCAUCAUGCAACCUUACCAAACUUCAACAAAUGACAAAUGGAUUGGACCACCACCGUAGGCAUAUUUCUUCGCCUGCAUCAUCACCAGCCUCUUCUCCUGCCAACAUGACUCCACCACCACCCGCUGCGUCGGCAGCUGCUGCACAUUUGCUGCAGCAGUCUGCAGUUGCUUAUCAUAAAUUGUACCAACAGGCAGGUCAGACUAAUCAGUCAAGGCAAUAUGGUCAUCAAACGCGCGGUUCUCCGGCGUCACCAAAUGUUGGUCUUAUGACAAUGCAGUAUGGUGCGCCGCCGCCUCCUUUUAACGGUUACAGGGUAGCAUCACAAUCCACUCCACCACCAUCUGCCAGUUAUAUGAACCAGACAACUGGACAAUUACAGUACACGACGCAUACACAAGAUCCACAUCAUCAGAAUAGUGUGUAUCCGACUUCAGCAUACAAUGGCUCGUAUUUACAACCUCUAAACGGGUCUAUGCACAGAUAAUCUCUUGUUAUUAUUAUUUUUAUUAUUAACUUUUUUUUAUAUUAAUUAUUAUGGUUAAAAUUUUAUUAUUUACCAUCAUAACAUGAUAUACUUUUAUGUAAACAUAUGAUAAAGAAGAAAAAAAUGUUACCAGAUUUGUUAUAUUAAGAUAAAA